AAGUGCAACCAUUUUUCAAGAUGAGCAUCCAACAACAAUAGCCAUGUCGUUCUCAUUUGGGUUCACCAACGACGAUCUCAGCGGAGAUGAACUAGAUCAAUCAAGCACACCUUCACAACCGCCACAAGCUCGUGCUCUUGAUACACUCGUCACCCCAAAGGAAAACCUACCACAACGACACACCCUCGCCCAGUUAUGUUCCACAUUACUCAACGUCCGUAUCACAUUCGACAAUUACACCACACCAGGUGGUAACCUCAUUUAUCGUCGUGAGUUAUUCGACGUGAAACACCAAAUUAUGAGUGAAGACGAAGGGAGCACUCAACUUGGAGAGAUGUUGCUCGAUGAACAAAGUGAUUUGCAGAGGAAUGUGUAUGAAGGCGGGUUCAAGAGUUGGGAAUGCGCUUAUGAUGCCGUGGACAAACUAGCACUGGGUCAGGUUGAGAUGAGCAGUGUGUUGGAGUAUGGAUGUGGAACCGCUUUACCUUCAUGUUUCAUUCUUUUGCGCAAGUUCACCAGCGGUGAUAAGAAUAGUUUGAGAAUUACAUUGAGUGAUUUCAAUUACGAUGUGCUUAGAUUGGUUACACUUCCUAAUUUGAUUAUUAACUGGGCCUCUACGUUGCCAGUGGAAAAAUUGCAUGCAUUGACUACUAGUGAAGAGAAUCCUGUAUUCAACAAUGACGAGGUUUUACUCACACAACAAUUAAUACAGGAGUUCACCUCUGCAUUGAACGAGUUCAAUAUUGAGCUUGACUUUAUAUCGGGUGCUUGGGGAAAUCAAUUCAAUGAGUUGGUUACAUCUCAGACUAGUGUUGAUUUCAUGAUUAGUUCGGAAACGAUAUACUCUCCAGAUAUCUUACCGGUAGUUGCCGAGUCGAUAGUGGAGAUACUCAGCCGGACUAAUGGUACUGCCAAGUGCAUGGUUGCGGCCAAGAAUAUUUAUUUUGGAGUUGGCGGGUCUGUUAUUGAAUUUGUCAAUUAUUUCGACAAGGUGAGCGAGAGUAAGUUUAUCAUGGAGGUGGAAGAAAUUAAUGAUUCACAAUUGAAGAGAUCUUUAGUUAUGAUUGAGAAGAAGUAGUAGCAAUAGCUCUACUAAGGAAGUUUAUAGAUUAUAUUAUAAUUCAUUACGAAGUAGCAGUAGAACGAUGUUGUACCCAUGGCAAAAUCAGGCGAUUUCUGCUCACGUGACCGUCGAUGAAGCCCAACUUGAUUUGAUACCAUCGCUGCAACGGCAAAGAUAAAGCACGUAAUGUGUGUGUAUGAUGAGUUAGUUGAUGUAGUAUAUCUGCAAUGUAGUCAUGGUUAUAUAGCUUCAAUAAGUACUAGAAAGUGGAUGUGGCCAGUGAUUGCAGGAAUACGCGACAAUUCCACUUUGAUAUUCAAAGGCCGGCGACACUGUAGAUACAUAUCUCUUGCGAGAACCACCUUGAACAGACAAUUCAGUUAGGCAAAACUAGCGAUCUGAGUCAAGUGACGUAUAUAAAAACAUCUCCAGAUACCUACUCAUCCUAGCAAUACUAAUUGCUUACGUUCAGGUGUAUCAUC